AAGUUUCGUUUUCAUUGUAAAGGGCGCAGUUGAGAAGUGUGUUGACUCAGUGAUCGCUGUUAACUUGGACGUGUCACAAUGGCGGAAAAUAUGUCUCUGCUGGGUCUUGAAGAUGAGUUAACAUGUAGUAUCUGUUUAUGUCUGUUCGAGAACCCGGUGAGUUUAAUCUGUGGACACAGUUUCUGCGCUAACUGUCUCGAAGCGACAUGGAACGACAGGGUAUCAUCUCUGUCCUGUCCUCAAUGUCGAAUGGUGUUCACCAGUAAACCUGAAUUAAAGAAGAACACCGUCCUCAGCGCAGUGCUCGACGCCUAUAGAAUAAAAGCAGGCGUCUCUGAACCAGUCAAGGAACAUUUUGAGGUGAAAAUGAAAGAUCCAGAUGUAAUCAAAUGUGAUAACUGCAUGGAAGCCAAAGCCGUCAAAACUUGUCUGACAUGUAUGGCGUCUUAUUGUGAGGAGCAUGUCAGGCCCCACCGGGAGAAUGCCAUUUUCCGGGCGCAUCAACUGUCUGAUCCGCUGCCAGAUCUAAUGGAGCGUCUCUGUUCAGAUCAUGGCAAACUGAUGGAGUUCUACUGCAAUCAACACCAGAGCUGCAUGUGCAGUACCUGUCUGCAGGACAUGCAUAAAGGCUGUGAGUUUAUCACGGCAGAUGAGCGACGCUUCAAACAAAAGACUGACCUGACUGACAAGCUCAACAUCCUUGAUGUCAAAAUGGACAAGAAUCAGCAGGUUAUGACACAGAUGAAGGAGCAACAAGUCAAAUUAAAGGAGCUAGCUACAACCCGCAAACGUAUUCUUGAGACUGAAUACAGGCAGAUUAGAGAAAUGAUUGACCGAGAUGAGAAAGAAGCCAUGCUUACUAUCGAUAAGGAACAGGAAAAAGGUCAGAGCAAACUGGUCACCAUGAUAAAGAAAUUUAAUGAGAACAUCGAGAAGAUGAGUAGGACCAAAUCUGAGAUCAACAUUCUGCUGGACCAGUCGCAGUCACUAGCAUUCAUAAAGGCCUCUGUGGAUUUGCCCUCUGUGGUAAAUUUUGAGCCCCAUAACCCUCGUGUGAAUGUGGAAAGUAAAGAGGUGAUAGCUUAUCAUGCCUCUGCAGUUGCACUGAAGGAGUGGAUCACCAAAUUAAUGCAGCAGCCAUUAGAAAACAGAAUCUCUUUACUUAAACCAGAGUUUGAGAAAUCUGUUCUUGGCGCAGUUAAAGAAAGUUCUAUUCCGAGUGUACCACACAUUAUGGACCCGAUCAGACAGAAUGCAUUUUUUCCAGUGAGAGGAAACCAAUUCCCUGGAAUCCCAAUUGAGAUUCCUCCCCUCUUGCCAAAUCCAAGAGACAUGUGGAUGCAAAAGGCACCAAUUGCGUGGUUUGACCCUUCAGCACAUUUGACAUCUCCCAGUCCAACCUCUGGUCCCAAAGCCAAGGCUCCAGGAACUAAACAGAAAAAUUUCAGCAAGCCUGCUAAAGAUCAGAAAGAUCGCAAAGACCAGAAGCCAAACAAACCUAGGAAUCCUUCUAAAGGAGCAAAUCCUGUUUUCUCCAAAAGCAUGGAAAACUUGCUUGACAUCACAGUUAAAACUGUAGACAUACCUGACAUAAAUCCACCUGCUGUUUCACCAGAUGUGCUAAACUCUGUUAAACGAAGUGACCUUCUUAAAUAUGGCACUAUCCUCAAUUUUGACGUCAGAACAGCUCACAAGCGGAUCUUGCUGACUGAAAACAACACCAAAGCCACAGUCUCGGAUGACCCAGCUCAUUAUCCAGAUAUUCCCCUUCGCUUUUCUGUUUGUUCCCAGGUGCUCUGCACAAAGGGUUUCUCUCAGGGCCGUCAUUAUUGGGAGAUCAAAAUGAGCAGUAACAACUUCUGCGGACUGGGACUUGCAUAUGGAAGAAUCGACCGCAAGGGUCCGUCUAGCCGUCUGGGGCGUAAUGCAGACUCCUGGUGUGUGGAGUGGUUUAACGUGAAGCUUUCUGCAUGGCACAACAGCAUCGAGACGGUGCUGCAGAAUCCCAACCCGAGCCGCGUGGGCGUCUUGCUGGACUGUGAUCAGGGAAGUGCAACAUUCUAUAAUGUGCAGGACAGGGCCUACCCUUUCCACACAUUUGUCUUUCCUUUUAUUGAGGCUGUAUAUCCUGCUUUCUGGAUCUUCUCAAAUACCUCUUCUGUCACUUUGUGCAAGCUCAACAAUUGAGAGUAUCUAAGUCAAACUGAUAUUUCUUUUGGAACACAAAUUAAGAUAUUUUCAAUAUU